AUGGAGAAAUCGUGGCCAGAAUUUUUGGCGGUUGAAAGCUCACUCGUGAAGACUUUCCCUCAGCCUCACAUUAGCUCUUCUCAACGGAUACGCAGAGAAGACGAGAAAAUGGGAACCAUAUCGGCAGCUUCGGGAACCACCGUCCUAUCCUCCAGUCUCCGUCGCCAAAACAUCCGGCGGCUAAAUCUGUACGCCCGUCGCCAUGAGAGUCUCUCCGUCGCUUCGUCUUCACAACCACAAGUUCUGCCACGUCAGAGUUGGCUCUACGUCCCCGAGACGAGGCUGAAACGAGAGAUCCCGAGGCUCGAUUUCGUCGCAAGAGCUGCUGAUUCCACGAGCUCGUCGUCUCCUUCCAUGGUUUCCGGUGAUAAGACCUUAAUCCCUGACGAUGAAUUCACUCUAGCCAAGAUUUCAUUUGGUGUGAUUGGGCUAAGUCUUGGGGUUUCACUCCUCUCGUACGGUUUCGGGGCAUAUUUCAACAUCCUUCCUGGAUCUGAGUGGUCUGCUAUAAUGCUAACUUACGGAUUCCCGCUUGCUAUUAUCGGAAUGGCUCUCAAGUACGCAGAGCUCAAACCAGUUCCUUGCUUGAGCUACUCAGAUGCCGUAAAGCUCAGGGAAAGCUGCGCUACUCCUAUCUUAACGCAGGUUAGAAAUGAUGUCACGAGAUACCGUUACGGAGAUGAACAGCAUUUGGAAGAAGCACUCAAACGGAUCUUCCAAUAUGGACUUGGUGGUGGAAUCCCGAGACGUAGUGCACCUAUCUUAACGAUGAUUAGAGAAGAGGUCCUGACCGAUGGUCGUUACUGCCUGGUCCUUGUAUUUGAGGCCAAAGCUCUCAACUUGUCAGAUUUCGAAAAAAGACAGGCGAAAUUCACUUCCUUCUUUGGACCAGACAUCGCUGCAGAAGUCGGUAAAGGAGAAAGUGAGAAUCUGUAUGAAGUAAGACUGAUUUCUAACGUCACCACCAACUCUGUAUCUUCCUCUACACCUUGA